AUCCUGGGCUUUCAGCUACUGUACAUUGGCAUCCUUACAUCAUUGAUAAAAAUACUGCAAAACAUGGAGAAAAUUACAUGGAUUAUAAUAUCAGACGAUGGGGUGGAGAUGGAUGGACCCAGUCAUUGAGGAAAUCAGGUAAAAAGAUUGGCCUGGAGUUUAAAAAUUGGCAGACAUGGCCCAACACUUUACAUGGCCAUCGACUAAUACAUUUGACAGGGGAACAACAAGGUCCGAAGGGUCAGAAUGCAGCAAAAGAUUUGCUAUUCAGCAUGAUUUAUGAAGAAGGAAGGAACAUUAGUGAAAUUGAUACCCUUGUAGAAGCYGCACACAAGCUCCAUCUUGAAGGUGCUGAAAAAUACCUUAAAUCCGACAAGGACACAGAUGUUAUAUUAUCAGCAGAUGCUAAUGCUAAAAMAAGCUUGAGGAUAUCAGGUGUUCCGUAUUUCAUCUUCAGAGACAAGCAGAAAUCAUAUACUCUUUCUGGAGCUCAACCAUCAGAUAAUAUCCUGCAAGUCUUGGGGCACUUGAAACACUAACAAGUUUCUAGCUGGCUUUACUGUGUGGACACACUAACCGGGACUACUUAAAGUGCCCCUAAUGCCUAAUCACAGACCUUAUGUAAGUUGAAGAUAUAUUCAUGAAAAUGCGAAAAUCCAAAAAUGUUUUGAAAUUAAAUGCAUUCCUGAUUUUUAAAUGAGUUUUGAAAACGCGCCUUUUCAUAUAAGACUUGCGCAUUCUUCCAAGUUGGAUUCACUCGUACAAUAAGUGAAAGCUCAAUAUUUUGGCAUUUUUUCUUUCUUAAAACUUUUAAAAACAGCACUCUUGACCCACAAAAAAAUUGGUGUAUCACCCCGAUGACGUAAUUUUUCAGGGUCCUCAAACGCGGUACUGAAAUUUCAAGAGUGAGUGGACACGAGAAUUUGGCCAACGUUUUCGUGUCGUAAAGAAGCAGGAAUUCGUUUGAAACGGAAAAAAAUUGGAAAAACAUGUUUAAGACAAUGUGAGAAUUUGUUCUAAAUUGGUCUGUAAUCAGGCAUUAGGGGCACUUUAAAUACAAAACUGACCAAUCAGAUAACAGUUUAAUAUAGACAGAGAUUGAACUGAUAACGGCAUUAGCCAAUCAAAUUAUCUUGUUCCCAUGCUCUUAUUGUUUACUGUCAAUCAUGUGACUUUUUGGAGUUCACUGGGGGUGAACAAGCAGUUGACUGGGGGGCAACUAGCGGAUGUUAAGUCAAAACAUGUCAAAAUAAGUCCUCAAACUAUUGUAUUUGACUAUUUCUAAAACAUGAAACCAGAAAACAAGAGAUCAAAUUAAACAACUCCAAGAAUCUACAAGCCAUAAAAAACACAGCUAUUACUGGAAGUGACGUUUAUUGAUAGCAGCAACCUAUUAUAUCGAUGCGCUUUCUGAUUGGCUGGCUAAAAAUAUUGAAUUAAAUGUCGCACUAUGAUUGGUUAAUGAUACUAGUUUAUCUAGUGUUCCCAGUUGGGGUAUAUGCACAGUAACAUUUUCCAGGAGUUAACAGAUCAAGCAAAAAUUACCAUAAUAACAUUAUAUUCAAAACUAGAAUUUAUUUCUCAUAUUAUAAGACUUAAUAAAGUAUUGUAGGUUCUGAUAAUGAUUAGUUUAUUCCUUACACCAAGCUGGAUGAACAAAUCGCAAGUAUAUAUUUUUAUAAAAGUAUUCCCUUAAAAAAAAAAAAAUUAUUUAUCAUAUAUUCUCAUCACGUCAGUGAGUGCGUAGCAGCAUGAUCAGAGCACCUACUCAUCCCACCCCUCCYUUGCUGGGAAGUAAAGUAUUUCCUUUGGGGAGGGGGAGGUAGAGUAGUGGCUAGACAGCAUCUUGUAAUAAUUUUUAGUUUAUAAAUUUUUAGUGCCUCRUUUAAAAAAAAGUUUUAAAAAGUUUCUGUUGAUUUGUACAUAUUUAAAAAUGUUGUGAAAAUGUCAUCCAAGGUUGUUUUUCAAUUUUAUAAAGUUCUAACAGAUUGCAAAGGUA